AUGCCUGAUCCAGAAAUGGGUGAAAAGAAGCUAUUUCUAGAAAGCAAUGCCGGGGACGGCACUUUGCGUGAGGACCACUACUUACAUGGAACACGUUUGUUCGUGUGCUUGUGCUCGUUGUUCACAUGCAUGUUUCUUGUCGCGCUCGACCAGACGAUUGUGGCAUCCAUUUUGGAAGAAGUAGGCAACCAUUUUGAUGCUGAGAACAAGGUAGCAUGGAUAGCCACCGCUUUCUCCUUUGCUAUGGCAAUCUUCAUCCAGAUCUGGGGGAACAUUUCAAUCGCAAUUGGAAGAAAAAAUGCCGUUUUAGCGGCUGUUGUACUUUUUGAGAUUGGAUCCUUGGUAUGUGCUCUUGCAAACUCAAUCAACAUGCUGAUCGGAGGUAGAGUCAUUGGAGGGAUAGGUGGAGGAGGUAUCAUGUCGCUGGUGAUGGUAAUUGUUUCCGAAAUUGUUCCCAUUGAAAAAAGACCAAUUGCAAUGACUGGCUUCAGUAUCACCUUUGGAUUUUCGUCCGUUAUGGGUCCAAUCGUUGGAGGUGCUUUUGCAAUAAAUGUCUCUUGGAGAUGGUGUUUCUACAUCAACCUUCCAAUUGGAGCAUUAGCAGCUGCGGCUGUCUUUUAUAUAUUCAACCCGCCCAAACCCACCGGAGACUUUCUUCCAAAACUGAAGGCAAUUGACUGGUUUGGAUUUCUUCUGACGAUAGGCGGGUUGUCACUUUUUCUACUGGCCCUUUCCUUUGGCGGUAACGAGUUCCCUUGGAGGUCUGCAGCUGUCAUCUGUUGCUUUGUGCUGGGAAUUCUUUUAGUGAUUAUCUUCUUGAUAUGGAACUUCAAUUUUUCCAAAAACCCACUGAUCCCGGCUGAGAUUGUCAAGGUUAGAACAAUUGACUUAUGCUGUGUUGGAAUGUUCUUCGUAUUUGGAUUCUUCAUCUCUCUCAUUCUCUAUGUCUCUCUCUACUUCCAGGUGGUCAAGGGAUACAAUGCCAUUCACUCUGGCCUUUCGCUACUUCCAAUGAUUAUUCCAGUGGUAAUUUUCUCCCUCACUACAGGAAUUGCAACGACUAGGCUCAGAUACAUCAAACCGUUCACCGUUGUGGGUGGUACCCUUGCCCCAGUGGGAUGCGGUCUGCUGUGUCUCUUGGGCGUCCAUUCAGAUAUAUCCAAGCGUAUUGGUUGCCAGAUAGUAUUAGGUAUUUCGACAGGAAUACUAAUGCAGCCAUUUAUUAUCCACCUUCAGAUGGCUGCUCCGAAGACCCCAGGAUCCACAAUUCUGGCUAGUACUUUGCUGAACUUUACUCGUAACCUCGGGUCUGCCAUCUGCAGUGACCUAUCACAACUGGUCUACACCUCCACUCUUUCCAAUAAAAUUGCUGCUCUCAAAGGAAACGAAGAGUACUACAGGGUUGGACUAGAUAAGUAUCCAUUGCAUGAUCUGAUCAAUAACACCUCUGAAAUUCAGAAGCUGCCUGCCGCCGCCAAAGAGGUCAUCUUGAAAGUAUUCAUGGACGCAUUUAAAAACGUCUUUUACUUGACUACAGGGUUUGCUGGGAUUACUCUUAUUUGUGCUCUAUUGAUGCCUAACGAUAUUUUGCCCAAGAAGAGUGAAGGCGUUGAAUAA